AACGAAGAGAGAGGGGAAAGAGGAAUGGUUCAGCAAGUUUCCUAAAUAUACUUCAUAACUUGAUUGUGGGUAAGAGUGAAGACCAGGCUGGACGUGUGGGGACCUCCAGGCUGGUGCUGAAACCUUCAGCUAGCGUCUCAGGUUUUUGAAGUUCAGCAAUGGAGUCUUUCUCUGCUGAGACCAAUUCAACUGACCUACCCUCACAGCCCUGGUAUGAACCCCAAAUAAUUCUCUCCAUGGUCAUUCUCAGCCUCACCUUCUUACUGGGAUUGCCAGGCAACGGGCUGGUGCUGUGGGUGGCUGGCCUAAAGAUGCAGCGGACGGUGAACACAGUUUGGUUUCUCCAUCUCACGCUGGCGGACUUCCUCUGUUGCCUCUCCUUGCCCUUCUCCCUGGCUCACUUGGCUCUCCAAGGACACUGGCCCUAUGGCUGGCUCCUCUGUAAGCUCAUCCCCUCCAUCAUUGUCCUCAACAUGUUUGCCAGUGUCUUCCUGCUGACUGUCAUUAGCCUGGAUCGUUGCCUUUUGGUACUCAAGCCGAUCUGGUGCCAGAAUCACCGCAAUGUGGGGACAGCCUUCACUAUCUGUGGAUGUAUAUGGGUGGUGGCUUUUGUAAUGUGCAUACCUGUGUUCGUGUACCGGGAAACAUUCACUGUAGGCAACCGUGACGUGUGUGGCUACGAUCUUGGCUUCUACGGCUCAUUAGAUUAUUCAGACUUCACCAUUGAUCUACUGGAAAAUGGAUCUCUUGACAACUCCAUUGUUCAGCUGCCUGGAGAAAUGGAUGCAAGGCUGCAGUCUUUCUCUGAACGAGCCAAUGACCUGCCUUGGACAGCCACCACUAUCUUCCAUUCUCAAACACUUCAAAGACCUUCUGGACAGUCACUCCCUACAGAUCCAGCUAAUUUAUCUAGUCAACCUCCAUACGAUAACUUAUUUAAGCCUGCGAAUGAGGUCUCACCUAUAGUCCCCAGUGGGUUUCCCAUUGAAGAUCACAGAGCUAAUCCACUCGAUUUAGAGCUUUACUCUGACUCCUCCAGCAAUUCCUCAUACUUGUAUGAGCUAUUCCAAGAUUUCCAGGGUGAUUAUUUAGGCCAGUUUUCAUAUAACAAUCAAGUACUAACCCCCCGGGGGGCAGUAACCAUCACCAGACUAGUGGUAGGUUUCCUUCUGCCCUCUUUUGUCAUGGUGGCCUGUUACAGCCUCAUUAUCUUCCGCAUGCGACGGGGCCGCUUCACCAAGACUCGGAUCAAAACCUUGAAAGUGGCCAUGGCUGUGGUGAUUGUCUUCUGCGUCUGCUGGGCUCCAUACCACAUUGUUGGGGUCCUAUCAUUGUUUUUUGACUCAGAAACUCCCCUUGGAGAAGCUCUGCUGUCUUGGGACCACGUGUGCAUCGCUCUCGCGUCGGCCAAUAGUUGCUUUAAUCCCUUCCUCUAUGCCCUCCUAGGAAAAGAUUUUAGGAAGAAAGCAAGGCAGUCGAUGAAGGGCAUUCUGGAGGCAGCUUUCAGUGAGGACGUCACACACUCUACCAGCUGUCCCCAAAGCAAAGUCUUUACGGAAAGAAAUAGUAUCAGUACAUCUGUGUGAAAAUACGGAGCGGUUGACCCCAGCAGAGGUUCUUAGGUAUUCACCCAGUGUGCCAUUUUCUAAAACAAUAAGGGAUAUUGUGAGCAGGGGAUUUCAGAAACCAUCAAAGAAUCAAUCCAGAGGUUCUCGAAGUAUGAGCCCAGGCUAAGGGCAUCCGCAUCACCUGGAAACUUGCUAGAAUCUCCAAGAAACUUGCUGAACCAGAAUGUCUGAGGGUGGGGCUCCAGAAAGUGUUUUAACAAGCUCUCUUGUUUCUAAUGAAUGCUAAAUUUGAGAAUUGUAAAAAUUAGUCUAUUUCUCUCCCAACCUAAGCUAAAUGAAACCAACGAGAACCUAGUCUGUUUCAAAAUGAUUUUUCCAUCAUGAAAU